CACACACGAGAGCUCCCGCUGCGAGACGGGUCCCUGAUUUCAAAGAGCGGCCAGCACGACGCCAUCUCUUCCCACGACACGAUCACGCCUCGCCAUCUGCUCUCCAAGCCACCCGAGGUCCCGUCAUCAUGUCUCUCAACGUCCCCGGCGCCCCCAAUGCCGGCCUUUUCAAGGGCGGCUACAACAGCUACGACUCCGAAGAUGGCGCCGUCCUGCGGAAUAUCGAUGCCUGCCGCGCCAUUGCUUCGACCGUCCAGACCUCGCUCGGUCCAUAUGGCCGCAACAAGAUUGUCAUCAACCACCUCCAGAAGAUGAUCCUCACCUCGGAUGCCGCCACGAUCCUCAAAGAGCUCGACGUCGUCCACCCUGCCGCUAAGCUUCUCGUCAUGGCUAGUCAGCAGCAAGAGGCCGAGAUGGGCGAUGCCACCAACUUCGUCAUCAUCCUCGCCGGAGAGCUCCUCCGCAAGGCCGAGGAGCUCCUUCGCAUGGGCCUCAAGAGCGCCGAUAUUGUCCAGGGUUAUGAGCGUGCCCAGGCUUUCGCGCUUGAGGCGCUCGAGGAACUGGUGGUGGACAAGGUUGAGGAUAUCAGGAACCAGGACGAGCUCAGCAAGGCUAUCCGGACCGUCGUCGCGAGCAAGCAGAACGGUAACGAGGACGUCCUUGCCCAACUCGUCUCCGAGGCGGUACUUGCUGUCCUUCCCAAGAACCCUGUCAACUUCAACGUCGACAACAUUCGCGUGGUCAAGAUCAUGGGCGGAAGCCUGGAACAGAGCAAGGUCGUCAAGGGCAUGGUAUUCCCCAAGGAGCCUGCCGGUUCCAUCAAGAAGGCCAAGAACGCCAAGGUCGGUGUCUACUCCUGCGCCAUCGACAUGGGCCAGACUGAGACCAAGGGUACGGUGCUACUACACAAUGCCAAGGAGAUGAUGGACUUCAGCAAGGGCGAGGAGGCUCAGCUCGAGACUUCGAUCAAGGAGUUGCACGAUUCGGGUAUCAGAGUAGUUGUGGCUGGCUCGACAGUGGGCGAGCUCGCUCUUCAUUACCUCAACCGCUACGACAUUCUUGUCAUCAAGAUUCUCAGCAAGUUUGAGCUCAGGAGAGUAUGCCGCGUGGUUGGCGCGACACCUCUGGCCAGGCUGGGCGCCCCCAUGCCCGACGAGAUGGGCUCCAUCGACAUUGUCGAGACUCUCGAGAUUGGUGGCGAUCGUGUGACUGUAUUCCGUCAAGAGGACGAGGUCACCCGGACAGCGACCCUUGUUCUUAGAGGUGCUACUCAGAACCAUCUCGACGAUGUCGAGCGGGCGAUUGACGACGGUGUGAAUGCCGUCAAGGCUAUCACUCGCGACCCUCGUCUCGUGCCAGGCGCUGGUGCGACAGAGCUUCAGCUGGUCGAGCGGAUACAGGCUUUCGCCGACAAAACCUCUGGUCUCCCUCAGUACUCAAUCCGCAAGUUCGGAGAGGCUUUCGAGGUCGUGCCCAGGACCAUUGCCGAGAGCGCCGGCCUAGACGCCACAGAGGUUCUCAGCAGGCUAUACACAGCACACCACAAGAAAGACGACUGGGCAACAGGUGUCGAUAUCGAGAACGAUGACGGCACAGGUACUUUGGACGCCAAGGAUGAAGGUAUCCUCGACCUCAUGAUCGCCAAGUCGUGGGCCAUCAAGCUCGCGACCGAGGCUGCCAGAACAGUAUUGUCAGUCGACCAAAUCAUUGUCGCGAGACAAGCUGGUGGCCCCAAGCCCCCGGGACCCAACCCUAACUGGGAUGAGGACUAAGUGACGAGCUAACGGAACAUGGGAAUGGAUGUAUAUGUCUCGGAGCAUGGAGAAAAUACCUUGUUGGAACUGCGGAUGGGGGUGAUAGAUCAACCAUAGAUGGACGAAUCCAUGAUACCAUGAUCUUUCUGCUCAAAUGCUGCCCUACUUGCUGAAACACCUCUGUAGCAGUGUCAUGAUCAGACGACACAGCCGAAAUCUUGAUGCUGACGAUUCGAUAACUCAUGCUUCAUAGCCUCUGGUGCGCACCCUGAGAACUACC